AUGCCCGGGGACAUGUCCGCGAAUCCUUGGCCUGGGGACGGCUCCUCCCAACCGCCGCCGGCGCCGCAUCAAGAGGACCUCGAUCGUCAAUUAAUCCAGCAUCUGCUAGGUCGAUAUGGGCAUCGCGAACUGAGUAGACUCAUUCGGGAUGAGGUUGGUCCUCAAUCCGAUGGAGCCUCCAUCAUUUCGAGCGCACCAAGCGUUGCUCCCUCCUCCGUGUUGUCGGAUGACGCUUCGAGCGUCUGGGAUACACAAAGCGUAAGAACGUUUUCGUCGGACACAUCGUCCAUCGCCGGCAGCAUACGGUCCAAUGUGUCCAAGGGCGCCAAGUUCUUCGCCCGCCGCACUGCUAGCAACACCACCAGUGCAACUGCUGCAGCUCAGGCCCAGACGCACUCGCAAACCGUUGCCCAGGCUGAGCAGGAUCAUCACGAUGCUAUGCAGCAAUGGAACUCAGAUGGCAGCACCCCUCAAGCGACGCCAGCAAACGAAGGCAUUCCGACCACUUCAACCUCAACCUCUUCGAAGCAAAAGGGUGCCUUCAUGUGUGGCUUCUGCAAGGAGGAGGAUAUCACCAAGACCUGUACCCGCAAGAACGAUCUCAAGCGUCACAUCGAGGACUUUCACAAUGUUAAUGCCCAAUGGUUCUGCCGUCACCGAGGAUGCCAGAUGGUCUUUGAUUGGCAGGCUGCCUACAAGACGCACUUGAAGACGGCGCAUGGAGGGUCUCGUAUGUCGCUUGACGAGGCCAAGGUGAACUUGUGCCAGCAGGUUGUCUUCGCCUGUGGUUUCGAAAAUUGCCCACAAGUGUACGAGGCACCGAACGACGAUGAUGCCGCAGCUGUUUUCAAGGACUACGUCAGCCACGUUGUCAAACACUUUGACGAAGGAUCCAACAGCGGUGAGUGGACGUACUCGGCCAGGAUACGAAAUCUACUUCGGCAGGCACAGGUCGCGCCCAUGUGGAACGAUUCGGCGGCUUGGAAUGAAGGCGCGCAGAGCAAACUGGUUUGGAAUCCUCAGACCUCAGGCAUCCUACGCAAGAGGCUCGAGAGCCGACACAUUGGCGACAUCAAGCUCCUGAUCCAAUACGCCUACAUCCUUGGCACAGAUCCAAGCACGCAUCGCAAGUUUAGGGACGAUUUUGUGACCCCGGUGUCCGAUACUUGUCAGCAGAACAUCCCUGGCCACAAGCUCAAGUCACGGCAGCCCAGCAUCCCUACCGUGCCGCAGGAAGAUCCCUUCUCGUUCCGUAUAUCGCGGGGCACAAAUCCAGCCUUGGCCCAUUACAUAGCCUCGCAGCGAAAGGUCUAUGUUCCCAGUCGCCAGCGAUCCAUGCGCCCACCACAACUUCACCAAACAAGGCCUACGACCAUGAGCAGCCAGCAUCACCUGCCGCAGCAACAACAACAACAACACCAACAGCAGCAGCAGCAGCAACAACAGCAGCAACAACGCAGCAGCAGCCAACUUGGACAUUUCUUCAGCAGCAUACCAGAAACGUCGCCGUCUCCGAUGUAUCACGACAACAGGCAGUACGUCCAACCGAACGGCGCUUUGCAGAACGGCAUCAUAGCGGACGAUCUGCAAAGCCUACGGAGCAUCACCGGCGGUACCCCCGAACCAGCAACCGAUAUUGAAAUGCAAGAUGGCAUUAUGGAUUUCGCUGGACAGUACCCAUUGCACAGUCCGGCCGGCGAUGGCCCGCAGUCCGGAUAUUACUGA